GACCUGCCGGCGGAGGAGGCGCCCCCUCAAGGAGAGAAGAAGAAAUACCUGUCCCCCACGUCCCGGAAGGACCCCAAGUUUGAAGAACUGCAGAAGCUGCCCAAGGCCGCACCUCGCUCCUGGUCCUCUCGUCGGCCGUGAGUCUGCGUCUGUGGCCGUCAUGCCACCUGGGCCCAAGUAGGUGUGGGGACUGUUUCCCUCUGCCCUGCUUCUCCAGACUCUGUGGCCUUCUGGUGCCUCUUCCAGGAAGGCCUCCUUACACCAAGAGACUGUGGGCCAUUUUCUGUCCUUCCCACUUAUCCAGCCACCUUCCCCACCUGGCUCCAGUCACAUGGAAGAGAGACAUUUGUGCCCACCCCCCACCCCCCCGAAACCUGGCUGGGUGUCCUCAUCCUCUUAGUGUGGAUGAGGGUCACCUUCUUCCAGGAGGUGACCCUGCGACAAGGAUCUGGGUGCAAGCAGUUGAGCUGAGACGAGAGUGGGGAGGGGCUGACAUGGCAUGAGCGAUGGGGCUGGUGCAGCCCUGGGCUCCUGCCAGCAGCGGGGUGGGGUUUAGCUCAGGGCUGCUCCCCCGUGGAGUGCAGAGGCAGGGAGGGAGCUGGGCCAGGGCCCCUGAACGCAGCCGUGACAUUCCAACCUCCACCUCCAUCGCGGUCCCCAUUCCCAGUUCCCAUGGCGGCGCGCCCCUCCCUCCUGGGCCCUCGCUGUCACUUCAGCCAUCUUUUUCUCUCUCUACGUUUCUUUUACGUUUUUGCCAUACAGCGCAUUCACCAGAGAGAAACAGAGAGGGAAAGGGGGACAGCACCCCGGGGGGACGGCCAUACCAUAAUCCCUUCUCUAUUCUCCUCUUGAGCUUUUGGGCACACACGCACAUGCAGCCGGCAUGAUUCUCAAGCCACCAGGUCCAGGCCUGGAACCGCAGUCGUCCAUGUGGGACCCGGCGCCUUACCCUCCACGCCUCUGCUGACUCCCACUUCAGUCAUAUUUCUGGCCUUCCCAGCCUGGAUCCCAGGCGUGCAUGUGCUGAUGGAGUGGAUCAACGGCAUGCUCCUUCCUGAGCACAUCGUGGUGCGCAGCCUGGAGGAGGACAUGUUCGACGGGCUCAUCCUCCACCAUCUGUUCCAGAAGCUGGCGGCGCUCAAGCUGGAAGUGGAGGAGAUCGCGCUGACUGCGGCAAGCCAGCGGCGCAAGCUCGCCGUGGUCCUGGAGGCCGCGAACCGGAGCCUGCAGGUGGAAGAGACGCAGGCCAAGUGGAGUGUGGACACCAUCUUCAACAAGGACCUGCUGGCCACCUUGCACCUCCUUGUGGCCCUGGCCACACGCUUCCAGCCCAGCCUGCAGCUCCCACCCAGCGUCCAGGUGGAGGUCAUCACCAUUGAGAGCACCAAGAGUGGCCUGAAGUCAGAGAAGUCGGUGGAGCAGAUCACUGAGGGCAGCACAGACAAGGACCGACCUUCGAAGGAUGUCUUUGAUGAAUUAUUUAAACUGGCUCCCGAGAAAGUGGAUGCCGUGAAAGAGGUACGGGAUCAAAGCCUGGGCUCCCGCCCACCCGCCUGCGUCUCGAGGGGCCCAGGGAAGGAAAUGGCUCCUUGCUUCACAUCUGCAGGCCAUCGUGAACUUUGUCAACCAGAAGCUGGAGCGCCUGGGCCUGUCUGUGCAGAGCCUGGACACCCAGUUUGCCGAUGGAGUCAUCUUACUCUUGCUCAUUGGACAACUGGAAGGCUUCUUCCUGCACUUAAAGGAAUUCCAUCUUACUCCCAGCUCGCCUGCAGAAAUGGUGAAGUGAAGGCUGGAGGGAAGUCUUCCCAUCUGUCCAUCUUCCUGCCUGUCCAUCUACCUGCCCAGUCCAUCCACUCACCCGGUCUAUCCACUCAUCUGUUCACUGAUCCCUCUGUCCGUCCACCCAUUUAUCCAUCGUCAUCCAUGACUCACCCUCUCGCCCGUUCCCCCACCCCCACUAUUUCUCCACUCACCAUCCAGCCACCCACCCUUGAUUUUACUCAUCUACCCGCCGCCAUUCCACCCCCCACCAUCUCUUCACCCACCCAGCCACCCACCUGUCCAUCCAUCAACCCACUCACCCAUCGGCCUGUCCAUUCAUUCAUUCAUCCGGCUAUCCAUCCGCCUGCCUGUCCAUCCACCUUCUGUUUGUCCUUCUGCCCACCCAGCCCGUCCCCACGCCCAGCCCCUCACCUCAAGGCUGUGUGGUGUAGGCCGUGUGCUGUGGGACAUGGAGACAGACCCUGCAGCCCUGCUCCAGGACUGCCCACUCCCCGCCCUGUGCUCCCAGCACUGCCUGGCUUCUGAGCCACAGUGACAUGCGUUGGUUCGUGGUGCGUGGGUCAGCGGGGCCUGAGAGAAGAGUGGUUAGCCUAAUCUCAGGGAGGCAGAAAGGCAUUGUGUCCACGAUGUCAUGGAAAGUUGGGAGUUAAUGAAGAAUAGCAUCCCAAGAGGAGAGAACGGUGUUAGCGAAGGCAGAGAGGAAAAGGGGUGUCUCAGGGUGGUGUCCACUCUGACUGCAGGGGCUGAGCGGGCCGGGCAUGGGCUUGUGGGGUAUGCCGGGUAGGAGGCAAGAGUUCCUGUGGACCCUGGAGGCUGGCUGGGAGAUGGCUACACCGGUCCCGACAGGCAGGGCUAUAGGCUGACCCGGGGAGAGUGGAGAGAAUGACCAGGCCGAGGGAGGUUAGAGGAGAGCUGGGAGCGCCAGGUGAGCUCCAGAAACGCAGGUCUGAUUGCGCCUCCCCGGCUGGCGUCGGCCUCUGCUCUUAGGCCUCCCUGCACCUGCCUAGGCCCUGGGCUCCUUGCACUGCCCCACCUCUGGGCCGCCACACAGGCUGUUCCCCUCCUGGGAUGCUCUUCCUGCAUGUCGGACCUGUCCGGUCAGGUGUGGGCAUUCUCACCGCUUUCCAAAUGAGGACACUGAGGCCACGGGGAGCAGUGUCUUACCGUCAUCUGGUGUGGGAAUGAGUGUUCCCUGCCAGGCAGAGGCCUGGGCUCUCCACGCCAGCUCCCUGCCUCCACCUCUGGCUCUGGGCUGAUCCCUAGCUCAGCCCACCCCGCAGGUACACAGGCCACAGGCCACAAGAGUUCAGAGAACCGUGGAGAAGGAAGCUCUGGGGACUUGUGGUCUCGGUCCCCGACUCUCCCUGUGCCCACCAGCCAUGGAGUCUAUAAGCAUCAGCCGUCCAGGGGGCAGCUUCAGACCCAUGCCAAGGAGUGCUGGAGUAUGGUCGGCUGGUGGCCUGGGUCGACCCUGGGCGGACGGCUUAUCUCUGUCUACACAGAGUCCCUGUGGCCCAGGGCAGAGACGUCUCUCUCCCUGGCAGAGGCAGGGCCGGUGCCUGCGCCCAGGCCAGCCUUUGGGGCCGUUUGUGGGGAAGGAAAUUGUUUCCGCCUCCUUUCACAAGCCCAGUGCACCCUGGGGUGGGAGGGGCCUGCGCUGUGGGGCUGGGUCAGACUUCUUGGCCCACCUGGGGCCCAUUGCAGGCCAGGUCCCUCCCUGGGCUCCUGCCCCCUCUGAACCUCCCCUCUGCUCUGCUGCAAGCAGCCGGGGCUGCGGGGUGUUUCAGCUCAGACCCUGUGGCCGAACUGUCACAACUGCAGGAACGUUUAACGGAACUGCUGGAAGGGCACUGAAGAGGGUGGGACUGACAGCCCCUCCAAAAGGUGGGACAUCGGCGCAGUCCUGUGGCAUUGUCCUCUGGCCAGGGUAGCCUCUAGGCAGAGGGCUUCUCAUUUCCAGACUCCGUUGCCCUCGCUGUUUAUGUAAGUGUGUCGCUGGUUAUGGGGAUAGAAGCUGGGGACGGAGGGACAGCGGUGACCAUUGGCUCUGCAGAAAUCAGACCAGCGAGCCGGGAAGCUCUGACCUCCUCCCACAGCUCAGUUCUCUUCCCCGGGAGGGUUUGGGUGCAGCCUCCUGGGUCGUAGCCUCCUCCGUUCUCUAGAGCAAGACGGUGUUCCCUUCAUCUUCUCGAGCCUGUGCAGAGGAAAAAUGGUGCUCUGGGUAGUGGGGCGAGAGGCUGGAGCCCUUCCAGGGACCGUCUUCAGUUCAGAUUGAACAUGGCGAGGAAGAGGUGACCACCAGUGGCAAGCUUGGGCACCCCUAGUGUCACCGCCAGCAGUUUGUGCGACACAGACGCCCCAGGGCGGGAAGCCCCUGCUGCGUGGCCUGCACGUACGAGGGACUUCGAGGCAUUUGUGGAGAAGUGGAAUUAGCACACAAGUUUGUUUUGGUGCAAAAAUACUGAAAUCCACACACAAGCUUUGUGAAGACUCCUCGCGGUAGAGGGUCCCUCUCUGCCCUGGGCCCCGCUUUGGUUGAGGCUGGCUCGUUGAGUACAUGAAAGGACUCGUGACCGAGCACAGGUGGGCGGGUCUCGCGUCCCACUCUCCUAGCAUUUGCUCUCUGCGCCACGGCCGACCACGAGGACAGCAGACACCAUCCCCGCCCUCACGUCCGGGGAUCCCAGUCCGGGGCAGAGUUGGGACAGAGCGACAGAAGGGGCGGCUGGGUGCUGGUCUGCUCACUCCAAGAUCUCCUUCCACUGGUCUGGACAUCCCAGAGGCGUGCCCGCCUUCCGGGAGCAGCACGUGAUGGCUGCCCCCGCGGGAGCCAGCCUGCCGGGGCGAGCCACUCGGGCCACGCUCCCUUCCACGUCUCGGCCUUGGCUGCUUCUUCCCUUGUCUUUUCAACCCACCGCCAGACAGGAAAAGAGGGAGAAGGCGCUCCCCACUGGGUGUGGCUGCCCACAGCCCUUCUCCUCCCUUUCCCUAUCCCAUGAGCAUCUGGGACACACACACACAUGCUUGGCAUGGUUUUUAAGCCAGCAGGGCUGGGCAUCGAACCAGUAGGCCUGUGGGACCCGGCUCUCUGUGCACAGCGCCUGGCUGCUGCCGUGCUGCAGCUGCACCACCUCGCGUUUGGUCACGUGGCCACCUUGGAGAGGCAGGCUGGCAGGGCCCCACUGUACAGGUGAAGCAAUCGAGGCCCAGCCAGGACGCACGACUGCCGGAGGUCACCUGUGGGGUCUUCAGAACGUUCGUGGGAAACGCAUAAUAUGAGAACACUGCCCGGAUGUCAGAAUGGCUUGCACCAAAAUAAACCCGUGCUUUAAUUUCAUGUUUCCACACACUUUUUGAAGCCCCCUCAUGCUGGAGUUGAGGGCGUGGGUACUGCGGUACCAAGCUGCCAACCCGGAUCUCCAGGCUGUUCCUGCCCGGACCCCCCAGGAAGUGGCCCACUGGUCAGAGUCUGGCUUGGCCCUGACUGGGUUGCCAUGGGAACCGUGGCGGAGCGCAGAGUGGGACUGGGACCCCUGCUGCAUGCCGGCUGCCUGGUGGGGAGGGCCAGUGGGGACCCCACAGUGACCCAUGGGCUGCUGAGGCCACAGCGGGAAGGACUUGUCUGAGGCCCUGCCGCGGCUCCGGGGCUUGUCCUGCUUCGCCCACACCCUCUCUGUCGAGCACGCUGGCCGCUGCCCCAGGGAGAGGCAGGGUCUGCUUCAGCUGUUUCUGAGCCAAGGGAGAGCCCAGAAUGGAAAGGGAGGGCGG